AUGUAUUCCGUGCAUAAAUUUGAGUCCUCGGUGCUCAGUGAAGUGCUGAAGGUUAUUUUACAAACAGAAUCUGAAAUAAAGCAAGGGAAGUCACCCUCAAGGUUUGAUAUGUUUAUUAAGUCAUUGGAAGAGAACAGAGACUACUAUAAAUGUGAGACUGAGAAUUUGUUGAAGGUAUUAAGAAACACAUCUUCAAGUCCUAAGCUAAUCUCUUUUUGUGACCGUGUGUCAAAAAAAAUCUCAGCCAUCCAAGCACAGAAGGAGAUUUUCUGGCUCCUUCAGGAAGUUAUAAAAUGCCCCAGGACUCCUAAAAGCACUGCAGCAGCUCAAGCUAUGUUAAGGUGUGUGGAGAUAGAAAGGGAUACAGCACUGUCAGAUUUCCCAAGGAUGAAUACAGAACGUGAUGGCCUCAGGGAGCAGUUAAAGAUUUCCCAAGAAACUGCGUUGAAUCAAAAGGCUCAUUUGGAACAGAGAAUUGAAGAGCUUGAAACUGCUAUUCAUAAUUUAAAUAGUGAACGGUUAGAACAGAUGUCCAAAGUGGCACUAAUAAAAGACACCGUUGAUUCUCUGGAAACUGAGAUGAAAAGAUUGCCAAGAAAAGUACUGGACUCUGAAACUGAGCUGAGUCAACAAGAAGCCGAAUAUUUUUCUCUUAGUUUACUGAAAGAAAAGACAGAACAGAGUCUUUCAGAGACUCAGCAAAGCCUCAUUAAGAAAAAACACGAAAUGAAACUUAGCCAAGAGAAAAUGAUGCUUUUGGAUGAAAAAACUGGUAACUUUUCAAGACAAAGCCAUGUACAAGAAGGGAUCUGUGCUUUGAAAGAAACAAUUGCACAGCUUGAUAUGGAGAAGGCAUCUUUGCAAGGCUGCGUGGAAGAAGGAAGAGAGAAGAUUGUUACUUUUGAGGAAAGCCUGGCAAUUAAAGAGAAAAUAAUUUCAGAUUUCAAGAUUCUGAUUUCUGAGUUGGAGCAUUCCACAAAGACAUCUGCUGAAGCACUCUCCCUUUGUGAGAAGGAUAUCACCAGUUUGCAUCAACAGCUACAAGAAACCAACAAAGUUGCACAGACCAACAAGAACAGAGAAUCUUUAGCUCAGGAGAACGACAGGUUACAAGAGCACCUUUCUAAUGUUAAGCAAGAAAUUCAGCUUCUUGCCUUCAUUUAGGUUUUCUGUACUUGAUCUUUCUCCUCUGCAUUCAGUCUACUGCUCAUCUGGUUUUCUCUACCUCUAGAAGUGCUAUUUAGUUUGAAAGGAGCAAAUUAACUGCACUUGAUCUUAAGUAUAUAAAAGCUUUAAGUCAUUAAGGCUCCCUUUUAAGUGAAGAAAAUUCUUCCAGGAGAUUCAUCCCAUUCCAGUUUUUACAAUGAUUAUUACCUGUUUCUCUCCCUUCACUGAAGAGGCAGUGUAGCUAAUGACUUUAGAUUGGUGCCUAAUUCUUUGCUGCAAAAAUUAGAUGAGACAACUUGCAUUCUAAAUAACUUCUCUCAAACAUACUGACUGUUUCACUUUGGUGCCCUCCCUGAGUAUCCAAGAAAAGGCAAGGUUUGUAGUGGCUUUAACCACUGAAGAUUCUCCAGGGGAUCUGUCAUAGUUCGUAUUUUUAGCAAAGAAUUUUUCUUUCCUUUCCUCCUGCCUGUGUGUGUGCUCUGUGAUGGGCCAUUUUAGUUGAACAAAAGAAUCACCCGGAGCCCUUAACGAUGGAGAUUUGUCUCCUUGACAACGAAGGGGGGAGCUGGCUGGUG